AUGGCUCGCUGUGGGGAGGCCGGCGCGGCCGGUGUGGUACUUUUGGGAUCCCCUGGAGUUUGCAGUAGAGGGUUGCAAAGGAAGGGGCCCUGUGAGCGGCGCCGGCUGAAGGCGUUGGUGUCGGAGCAGCUCAGCCAGGACCUGCUCAGGCUUCUAAAGGAAGAACUCCAUACAGAUGUUACUUUCUCUGUAGGCCGCACUUUGUUCAAAGCCCACAAAGCAGUCCUUUUAGCAAGGGUUCCUGACUUCUUUUCUCAUACUAUUGGACAGACGUCAAAUAAAUUAGCAAAUCAGGAGCCUGUUGCCGUGGAGAAUGUUGAAACUCCAGAAUUUAGAACAUUUUUGCAGAACAUAUAUUCAUCGAACAAAAACAUGAAGUUUGAAGAGGAAAUUAUUAGGAAAAAGAUAAUGGAGAGUGAGAUAUCAGAAAAGAAACUUGACUUCAGUUUUCCAAAGUGUAAAAAAUCAUCUGAUUGUUCUCUUCAGAAGCAUGAAAUUCCAGAGGAUAUCACUGAUACAGAUGACAAUUUAAUUUCCAAUGAUAACUGUGACUUGGAAGCUGCAUCCGAAUUAGGAGAAGAUUUAUUAAAGCUUUAUAUGAAAACUUGUUGCCCAGACGUUGAUAUUUUUGUCGAUGGAAAAUGUUUUAAAGCUCACAGGGCCAUUUUAAGCGCCAGAUCUAGUUAUUUUGCUGCAAUGCUGAGUGGCUGUUGGGCUGAAAGCUCUCAAGAGUAUGUUACUCUUCAAGGUAUAAACCAUUUAGAAAUGAAUGUUAUGAUGCAUUUUAUAUAUGGAGGAACUUUGGAUUUUCCAGACAAAGCUAAUGUUGGUCAGAUACUCAAUAUGGCUGAUAUGUAUGGACUAGAAGGAUUAAAAGAAGUAGCAAUCUAUAUUUUAAGAAGAGAUUACUGUAAUUUCUUUCAGAAGCCUGUUUCCAAAACGCUAGUGUCUAUACUAGAGUGCCUGAUUAUUGCUCAUUCAGUUGGAGUGGAAAGUCUUUUUGCUGACUGCAUGAAGUGGAUUAUAAAGCAUUUUGCAAGGUUUUGGUCCGAGAGAAGCUUUGCAAAUAUACCUCCUGAGAUUCAGAAAAAUUGUCUUACAAUGUUGAUUCAGUCCUUGAAUGAUAAGAAUGCUGCUUUUGUUCUGAUGGAAAGUGACAGGCUGAUCAUGAGUUUACCCAGAGUGAAGUGGACAGAAGCAGCACUGACUAUGGCAUCUCAGCUCCAAGAAGAAUGUAUUACAUUUAUUGUAGAAAACUUCUCCAAGAUUAUUCAGAGUGAAAAUUUUGCUCUUUUCUUACAGUCACAAGCAAUGAGCAGCACAGCUGAUCUGUUGGACAAAAUUUUAAAAGCAAUUGAAGAAAACAUUACCACUGAAAAUAGUUGCUCUCUUCUUAUGGCUCUGGACACAUUACUGAACUCUGAUAGUACAAAAGAAAUGACAUCUUAUAAAAGUUUAGAAGUUGAUACUUUGGCUGAUUAA